AUGCCUAGCACGGGCCACGCGCCAUCUCUGUCUGCGCUCCAGCCCGCGCUUGAUGAAGCCCACAACAAUCACCACCACCCUGCAAAGGACCAGUACCGCGUCGUGGUACUCGGAGCAGCUCGAGUGGGCAAAACAGCCAUUGUGCACCAAUUCCUGUACGAUGAGUUCCCCGUCGACUACUUUGCCACUGUGGAAGAGUUCCACACGGGCGAGUUCGAAAUUAGCGGGGCCUCGCUGACCCUGGACAUCGUGGACACGAGCGGCAGCUACCCGUUCCCCGCCAUGAGGCGGCUAGCCAUCACCACGGCCGACGCGUUCGUUCUCGUCUACGCCAUUGACGACCCGGAGUCGUUUGAAGAGGCUCGCCGCAUCCACGACCAGAUCGUGGAGCUUCACUCGGCCAAGGCACCCGUGGUCGUGGUUGGCAACAAGUGCGAGCUCCCCUCAGCGAUGCGUCGCGUCCGACGAGAAGUCGCCGAGACUAUCAUCUCCAUCGACUGGGAGCAUGGUUUCGUAGAGUCCUCAGCCAAAGAGAACAUCAACGUGUUCGAGAUCUUCAAGGAACUCCUAGUCCAGGCCAAGGUGCCGUGCGACGUCAACCCGGCCCUCGUGAACAAGAGGCGUCGCUCGCUUCCCGUUUACCCGACAAGCCCGAGCAUCAAGGACAAGACGCUGCUGAAGAGGAACAGCUGCGCUGUUUCGUAGCUGCAUGGUGGCCUUCCUUAUUAUUACAUGAACUUCUGCAUACUUGCCGGUGCCCGUAGAGAGGAUGAUGCUCAGCGGCCUGCGUACUUGUUGGGAACUCGGCGGAUGAACUUGCAGUGAAAUGCAUUACAUUGGUGUGUUCAGGGCGAACGUGUCAUCUUCGACCGAAUGACUAUGAACUAUAGAGCAAGCCUGCAGGAAAGACAAA